UAUCAAGCGUAUGUGUGAUUUGUCAUCGCUUGGCGCGCCGGAAGUUGUGCACACGUCAUAUCCACGCGUCGUGCUUUGCUCACCGUUGGUCUCACGCAGGAUUGAACGUCUGAACUACAAACAUGGCUCGAAACGCAGAGAAGGCCAUGACGGCUCUGGCCAGGUUUCGUCAAGCCCAGCUCGAAGAGGGAAAGAUUAAAGAGAGAAGACCUUUCCUUGCUUCAGAGUGUAACGAGUUACCCAAAGCAGAGAAGUGGAGGAGACAGAUUAUCAGUGAGAUUUCAAAGAAAGUCGCCCAGAUUCAGAACGCUGGUUUGGGUGAGUUUAAGAUUCGUGACUUGAAUGAUGAAAUCAACAAACUGCUCCGAGAGAAAGGCCACUGGGAAGUGCGGAUCAAGGAGCUGGGAGGCCCGGACUAUAGGAGAGUGGGGCCGAAGAUGUUGGAUCAUGAGGGUAAAGAGGUGCCGGGAAACAGAGGAUACAAGUAUUUCGGUGCGGCCAAAGACUUACCAGGAGUUAGAGAGCUGUUCGAAAAAGAGCCUGUGCCAGCACCCAGAAAAACCCGCGGUGAGCUGAUGAAGGAAAUAGAUGCUGACUAUUAUGGUUAUAGAGAUGAGGACGACGGUGUUUUAGUGCCGCUGGAGCAGGAGUAUGAGAAACAAGUCAUAGCAGAGGCUGUUGAGAAAUGGAAAGCAGACAAAGAGGCUCGAUUAGCUGUUGGUGGAGGUGUGAAAGACACAGAAGAAGAAGAGGAAUAUAUUUACGCUGUCCGAGAUGAAGAGUCUGAUGAUGAAAUGGGAGAACAGAUGGAGGGAGAAGAUGGUUCACAGGCGUUCAUCGCUCAUGUUCCUGUUCCCACGCAGAAGGAGAUUGAGGAGGCCCUGGUGAGACGGAAGAAGAUGGAGCUGCUGCAGAAAUACGCCAGCGAGAGUUUGAUGGCACAGAGUGAAGAGGCCAAAGCACUGCUCGGUUUAUAGUGGCAUCUGAAGCAACGCUGAGCACGAGACGAGCGAUCACGUGUGCUGUAUUAGAAACAGAGCUGAUGAGGCUGAAGAUGCUUCUGAACAGUAGUGUUCAAACCAGCACAAACAAAUGAAAAUAUCUGUCUAGAUUAAUUUGAGAUGAUCAGUGUGAUGCUGAGGUUAACAUCUAGUUGUUAAGCUGUGUAACAUCUGUGCUAUUUGGACCAUACUCUUGACAUCGGUGUUAUGCUGAUUGUGUCAAAUUGUGCGUUACAUUUAAGUAUGAAACUUUUUAUUUUUUGCAAAUUGGUUCUUGAAAAUGGAAAAACAACUUAAUUUGUUCAUCCUUCAUUUGUUCAGCCUGUGAAAGGACAAACAAUCUCUGUAAAUAUUUUGUAUACCAUGUUCACUUACACUUCUGGGACAAGUAAAAUGAUUUUUUUUACAAUA